AUGGUAUCUGCUUCGACUCUCUGGACACUAGUGGUCGCCGUUGGCCCCUUCGUCCUUCCAAAGAUUCCCGCAUUCAUACGAUCCCUACGAUCGUUAGGCCAGAACGCAGCUAUCCGUCGAAUCACGCCUAAGGCGAAGCGCGCUACCAACAUCCUUACGUUCGCCUUUGCCUUCUUUCUGAUCGCAUCAUUCCCCGGCCUUGCGCCGGAGAACAUCUUUCAAGCCACGCAAUCCCGUCUGAUUAUUCCGAACGAUGUCCUCUUCGCCCGACUAUCCCAGCUCCGUCCGCUGACCCUGCUUGAUGAAGCGCUCAAAAUGAAGUUUGUCUCACUGGAAUCGCGGCUACUGUACCUUCGAUUUGGACCGGAUGUUCUUGCAACGUGCACAUUCUGCAACCCGGACGACGAGUUCAGCCACCUUUACUUUGCUCUCCCGAUGCUGCUGCUGCCGCACCUUGCCAACCUCAUCGUCGUAGGAUUGGCGACCGCCUCACUGCUUGCCGGCUCCCAUGCUUCACGCUGGAGGAACCACGCGGUUACUGCGAGCUUGGCCUUCCUCGUCGCCGAUAUUUAUCUGCUCGCUACCUACGACCAUAGCGAGAACAAAACGGCCACAACGCUCGGCGCUCUGGACUGCUUCUUCUGGCGCAUGCGGACGCUGCGCUACGUUAUGUUUAUGGCUAUCGACGCUGUGCUCGGCUUGGUGAUCUGGGCAUCUUCGACGAACCGCGCGUUUGUGAAGCCACUAUCAGCUGUGGAAAGGCAGGAAUAUAGUGUGCGAAUGCUCGAAGCGAUCACCGGCAGACUUAUGGGCUUGAGCCUUGUUAUGAGUGCCGAACGCAGCGACAUGAGCAGUGGUGGCCUGUUCGGGAGGGCUGCAAACUACUGGAUGCGGGAGGAUGCCGCAAACAACGAAAUGCAUGGAGAGCCGGAAGUUGUGCAGGCCAUGCAAAACGCGAAGUCAAGGAUUAAUCUCGCACGGGUCGAGCUGGAGGCGAAGAUACUGGCCGCCGGGAUCAUACGCGAUGCGCAUGAUGUGAGGGCAUCAGGCCUCAUAUACCAGCCUCCGCUUGAGUAG